UCCCAACUGCCAUUUUGUGGCAGAGGCUACUCUGCUAAAGCGGGAGAGGGAUUAAAACAAACUGCGAAGAAGCCUGCAUUUCUUCUCAGCCUAUUAAACUUUGUAGCACAGACUCCCUGCUUUCGGACGAGUUAAAGGGGAAGAGAAACACUCAAAAAGAGUUCCUACCCAGCAUGGACGGAGGGCCAACAGAGGGUGUAGGGGUGGUGGAGGUCCCCACCAAAGACUUCCCCUCCAUCCAGGCCGUUCACAGCCAGGAUGCCAUGGUGGCUGACCUCCUCCAGCAAGCUGCGGAGGCCGGGGGCGUGGUAGAGGGACAAGCUGGAGUCGUCCUGGAACAAGGUCACGGUGAAGGAAUGGUAGCAGCCACCCAGGCCCAGCAGCAGCUGAUGGAAGCUGGGGUGGGGGUUGGUGUGGAAGGUGGAGCAGGGGUUGAAAUGAUGGUUAUGGACUCACUGGAUCCCACUUUGUUGCAGAUGAAGACUGAGGUGAUAGAUGCUGCUGUGGGGGGAACAUCAGCAACUGUGGGUGUUGUUGGAGGGGUAGCGGGUGCUGCUCACCAAGCAACUGUAACAACAGUGGACCAGACUCAAAUCAUCACACUGCAGGUGGUAAACAUGGAGGAGCAGGCAGCUCUGGGUCUUGGGGAGCUCCAGCUGGUCCAGGUGCCUGUUUCUGCCACUACUGUGGAGGCCCUGCAGCAAGGAACCUUUGUAGACACCACUGCUAUGCCAAAGGACGGAGACCCAGUCAUCUGCCACACCCUGCCGCUGCCUGAGGGCUUUCAGGUUGUCAAGGUUGGUGCUAAUGGGGAGGUAGAGACAGUGGAGCAGGAGGAGGGAGGAGAAGCCCACCCUGAAGAGGAGGAAGAUGAGGAGGUUGGAAAUCAGCUACUUGAAGAAGGGGAGGAUGAACCCAUUCCACCCCCGACCGACGACCCAAACUGGGCUAAAGACCCAGACUAUCAGCCCCCAUCUGGAGCUAUCAAGAAGACCAAGAAGGGUAAAAAGAGUCGUCUGCGUUAUGCUGAAGGAGACAAGGACAUGGAUGUCAGUGUCUAUGACUUUGAAGAGGAACAGCAGGAAGGCCUUCUGUCUGAGGUCAAUGCUGAGAAAGUGGUGGGCAACAUGAAACCACCCAAACCCACUAAGAUCAAAAAGAAAGGAGUGAAGAAGACGUUUCAGUGUGAGCUGUGUAGCUACACGUGCCCUCGACGCUCCAACCUGGACAGACACAUGAAGAGCCACACAGACGAGAGACCUCACAAAUGUCACCUGUGUGGAAGAGCCUUCAGGACAGUCACCCUGCUAAGAAACCAUCUCAAUACACACACUGGAACUCGUCCACACAAGUGCACAGACUGUGAUAUGGCUUUUGUGACCAGUGGAGAGUUGGUUCGUCAUCGUCGCUACAAACACACACACGAAAAACCCUUCAAAUGCUCUAUGUGUGACUACGCCAGUGUGGAGGUGAGCAAACUAAAGCGUCACAUUCGUUCCCACACUGGUGAGCGUCCAUUCCAGUGCAGUCUUUGCAGCUACGCCAGCAGAGACACAUACAAACUGAAGAGACACAUGAGGACACACUCAGGAGAGAAACCUUAUGAGUGCUACAUCUGCCAUGCCCGAUUCACCCAGAGUGGAACCAUGAAGAUGCACAUUCUGCAGAAACACACAGAGAAUGUGGCCAAAUUCCACUGUCCACACUGUGACACUGUCAUCGCACGCAAGAGUGACUUGGGUGUCCAUCUCCGUAAGCAGCACUCAUUCAUUGAGACUGGAAAGAAGUGUCGUUACUGCGACGCCGUUUUCCAUGAGCGCUACGCCCUGAUCCAGCAUCAGAAGUCCCAUAAGAACGAGAAGAGGUUCAAAUGCGACAUGUGUGACUACUGCUGCCGCCAGGAGCGCCACAUGGUCAUGCAUCGUCGAACCCACACUGGAGAAAAACCCUACGCCUGCAGCCAGUGUGAGAAGACCUUCAGGCAGAAGCAGCUGCUGGACAUGCACUUCAAACGCUACCAUGACCCCAACUUCGUCCCCACAGCCUUCGUCUGCCCCAAGUGUAGCAAGACCUUCACUCGCAGGAACACCAUGGCCCGACACGCAGAGAACUGCAGCGGUGAGGUGGAGGAAGCAGAGAAUGGAGCUCCAACCCCAAAAAAAGGGAGAAGAGGGAGAAAGAGGAAGAUGAGGAGCAGGAGAGAUGAGGAUGACAGCGAGGAGGAUCACGCUGAACCAGAUGAGGAUGAAGAGGGUGAGGGUGAAGAAGAAGCAGCACUGCUGCAGGAAGAGGAGGAGCCGGAAAACAUGGAGCUGGACCAGGCCCCUGCUGCCAUCCCAGUACCAGCCCCUGAUGAGCCACCGGUCAAGAGGAAACGAGGCCGACCCCCAAAGAAUGCCCCCAAGCCUCCAACACCCAGCAAAGCAGUCAGAGUGGCGACCAAGGCGACUGCUUCUGCUGCUGCCAUCAUUCAGGUGGAGGAUGAGAGCACUGGAGCAGUGGAGAACAUCAUAGUGAAGAAGGAGGAUGGUGACGCCUCUGCAGCGACACCUCUGGAGCAGGGAGUGGCCCUGACAGUGGAGGGGGUAGGGCUAGAUGGGGAAGGGGUGGAGACUGUUGAGCUGGCUGUGAAUGAAGAAACAGCGGCCGCCGCCGCCAACGGAGAACUGACGCCAGAGAUGAUCCUCAGCAUGAUGGACCGGUGAACACAACACAGCCGCACACAUGCAGCUGGACUAUGAGUCAGAUUGGCAAAUACACAUUAACAUUUCCACAUCCACGGCCUUCACCCUCAUGUUCCAUCAGUGUGAGCUUGUCAUGGCGGCCAUUUUGCCUCCAUUCAAGUGGCUGCAAAACAACCAUGCACAAAGAAGGGAAGUUGCAUGUAAAUACAUACACACAGUAACUCCACAUCCAUGUACAUCAACUGCAUACUGAAGUUUGUGGGUCACACACACACACACAACAUACCAUACCCCACUACACAUACCUGUGUCAUCUCCCACAUCAUAUACAGAUAUCGUCCAAGCUAACGACAGACUGCUCUCUGCUCUUAAAUGCUUUUUUCAGUUUGAAUGUCUUCUGAAUGAAUCAUUGUGUAUUUUGCUACUUGUUUCUACCCAAAGCCACAUCCUGUGGCAGUCUCUACCCACACACUCUGCAGUUAUUGUUCAGCUCCUCUCUGUGUUGCUCUGCCCAAAGGAGACAUCAUUUGAUCUACUUUCACUCUGAUUUUCUGCUGUCCCGCUUGCUGUUCUUGCAACUAUGCUGAUUUUGCAAAUUCCAAGCCUUUAUAUGUGUAUAUAUAGAUAUAAAUGUAGUUUUUCCUAAUGAAACAUAGUAUAUGGUACUUGAGUUUGUCACUGAGAUACCACUUGCUUUCAGUCAUACGAUCUGUAUUUUAUUUCCCCCCAAACUAUGAUUUUCCUCCUCGGCCUGUGUAAACACAUGGCCCAUGUUGUGGUGUUUGUACAUUGAGGCUUUUACAGAAGAAAGUUGUCAGAGGGAUUCUUCUUUAUUCAUGAGCAAAUGGGCACAGGUAGAUCACAUUCAGAGGAACUGAAGUCAGAAAUUUAGCUUUCUAGUUCAUCUGUUUGACAUCCAUGCUGCCUGCAGUCAACCUUGUCCUAAUGGAAUCUUGCCCUCAGCUCAUGCUAAUGAGAUACUUGAGAUAGCUGCUAAUUUAGUUUCCAGUCACCAACAUAGUUAUUUUUCAACUGUUUUCUAUUUUCUUCUACCUCUCACUGAUGGAAGAUAUUUGUCAUUCAUAGUCAACGUUCCUCCUUCUCCUGUUCUACAUUUUGAAGGAGAUCGUUUGCCACCACAUGAACUGAAUGAUCCCUGUCAGUUGGAGAAAAUCCUGGAAAAGUUGGUAAAACAUUGUACUAAAGUUGUGAUUUUGAACAUUCCAAAUCCUUCAAUUAACAUGGAAUUAUGUCUAUGCAUUUGAAUCAUCUCACUUGAAGUAAAAGGCAGUAACAAACUCAAACAUUGUUUUGCAAGCUAAUAUCAGACACUCUUAUUUUUCCUUGAAAUGGAUUCACAUCCCAGCUAAUGUAUUGCUUGGAACAGUUAUCUAAGACCAGAUUGUGAAUCAGUGUGUAACUCAAACAGCCCUCUCCCCCCACAAUAAUCAGCCAACUGUGGCAGGUGGUUUGCAUGUAAAUACACAUAUUAAAACCUUUGCUUUUCGAUUUCUUGUGAACCUUUAUAAUGUUUUUAAAUAGAAGAUUUAAAGAUGUGUUGGUUAAAAGGGAUAUUGAGGUUUUCAUUGACAUGGUAAACAUGUUGGUGCCAUAGCUGGUACUCCAUGUCCCCAGCCUGUAAAGGUGGUUUGCAAAAUGACCUCUUCAUCAUGCUUUCGUUCCAUAGAUGAGCCCCUCUUAACCAACCAAACACAACUAAUCUGAACCACUAUCAGUUUUCUGUGUAUAAUUUGUUGCUCAUAGCGAUACAAAAGUGUUUUCAGUUUUACAGAUAACUGUUUGACAGUUUUCUUUUCUGGCCAAUUUGUAGUUGCCACUGCAUUUCUCUGCAGCUGGUUCAGUCGUAUGACGGAAGCCUUGUCUCAUUCUGUUCUCCUUUAACGUUUGGCCCGCAGGUGAGUUUAGCAUCACCUGUAAAGGAACAAGAGGUUUUUAAGUAUCUGCUGAAAGACAAAACUGUUGGGCACUCAUCUAAAAACAUACUGAAUGAAGUUUAGCUAGUAAAACAGCCUUGUUCUUUUUUUGACAGAUAAUAUACUGUUUUUGGAAGCCGUGUGUUUUAUUUGCUGUACUAUGUGACUUAAUUAGGUAAUGAAGAGGGCUCUUCCACACUGUCCUCAGCCCUGGAUUAAAGCUAUUCACUCAAAUCCUGCAGUUGCAUUAACCCUGGGCUACACCUUGCAGCUGACACUGAGGUUUGUCCUCUCCAGCUCAGUCACUCCAGAUAAGAGUUAGCCCUCAUUUGUAUUUAAAAAACAGGGUUAAGAUCGCUUUGUGAAUCAAGGUGAAAACCAAAAGUAAUCUUCAUGGUCCAAAUUUCAACAAAUCAUAUGAUUUGAUUCUUUUGAAGAUGUGAUAGGGCUUAAAGCUCUGAAGUGAUCUGAUUUCCUAGUGGGCUUGACCACAGGUUGUGAUGGUUGUUAUGUGGCCUUCCUUUUAUGACAAUACCUGUUAUUGUCAGGUUGAACCAUUUCCUCUGUAAAAACAUUGGUUAGAUGCCCAACAUUGUAAAACAAGGCUGUAAAGAACCAUGAACACAGAAAUGGUCACAGAAAAAAUAGCAGUGCCAAGAUACUGAUGGAAGGUUUCUGAGGAAAUCAGUGUUUGGAUAUCAAAUUGACACUUUUAUAAGAAUCUUUCAGAAACAUUUAUUGUACUGCUUUUGUCUGAGAUCUCAUUCUGUAAAACAAAAAAGGACAAAAUAUUCUGUUGUCAACCUAUCAUGGUGUUCUGCAGGCGGACGGAUGGAAGACAGAUGUUUGACUGUUCUCAUAGCAACAGCAUUGUUUUUGUUUGUUUGCACAUUGCUUGUUUGUUUUGGCAGAAGAAUUGAGAGAACGGUUUUAAGAUGGUUUUAAACAUAUCCGUUUUAAGACCGAGAAAACAGAAGAAAACUUUGACGUCAUUUUUGGAAAUGAGACAUUGUACAGCUGAUGAAAAAUAAAAUCAUCCUAAUGGGCCCAUGA